AUGACUCAGCAGCUGGUGUCGCCACGCCCACGCAUAGUGGGCGGCAAGAGCGCCAAGGCGGGACAGUUUCCGCAUCAGGUAUCGCUGCGUCAGUUCGGUAACCACAUAUGCGGUGGCAGCAUCAUCUCCGACCGCUACAUCCUCACUGCCGCGCACUGCGUCCAGUUCAACGGCCAGCCGACGCCGGCCUCAAGGCUGGCGGUGCAGGUGGGCAGCCUGCAGCUCAAUAGCUUCGAGACCUAUGUGGAUGUGGCACAGGUCAAGGUGCACGCCAAGUAUGGCAAUGGCGGACGUGGCUAUGAUAUUGCGCUGCUGCGUCUGAAGUCGGCGCUGAGAUUCAAUGCGAAUGUGAGUGCCAUUGCGUUGGCCGAACAGGAUCCGCCGCCCAAUACGCUGGUGGACAUCUCCGGCUGGGGAGCCAUCUUCCAGGGUGGACCCAUUUCCAACGACUUGCUGUACGUGCAAGUGCGCAGCAUUUCGCGUGCGCAAUGCACCGCCAAAUAUUUAAGAAACCUCCCGGAUACGACCAUGUGUCUGCUGCAUGGCGCCAACAUAGGCGCCUGCCAUGGCGACUCUGGCGGUCCGGCGGUCUACAAGGGUCAGCUAGUGGGCGUAGCCAGCUUUGUCUUGGGCGGCUGUGGACGCGAGGCGCCCGAUGGCUACGAGCGCGUGUCGGAGCUGCGCGGCUGGAUCAUACAACAUGCCUCUCUGAGUCGUUGA